AACGUGGUGCUCUGUGGGGAAACAGGGGUGGGCAAGAGCGCACUCGUCAACCUGGUGGUUGGAAAACCUGUCGCUGAGACCUCCUGCGAUGCUGACGGCUGCACCCAAGACGCUCAGCACUAUGAUAUAUCCCUCGAUGGUCGUCGGAUUCGGUUGCACGACACCGCCGGCCUGAAUGAGCCGACCCUCGAGCUCGCGGGCUACCUUGACGCCGUCGGCAAGGCGCAGCGCUUGCUCAUCAACCUCGAGCGCUCAGGAGGUAUAUCCCUCCUCGUGUUUUGCAUGCGCGCGGGUCGCAUCACGGCUUCUGGACAGAAGGUCUACCGGCUGUUCGAGAGCGUCAUGUGCGAGCGGCGCGUGCCGGUUGCCAUCGCGGUCACGCACCUCGAGUCGGAGGGGCGCCUCGAGGACUGGUGGGCGCGGAACGAGAAG